AUGGCCAGAGGCUUAGGAGAAAAGCGCGCCAAAAUUAAAUCCAAAAUAGCGGCUGCAACACGUGCGCUCGCCUGGAGCGAUACCGGGGGAAUCCUCAAGAGCCUAACACUCUGCGCUGGGGACUUUGACUACCUACUUGUUCCCUGGGCUCGUCAACAGCCGCCAACGAGCCCCCCACGUUGUGAAGUUAGAGCAGGUCCAGAAUUCAUCACAAGAUCCUACAGAUUCUACCAUAACAAUACGUUUAAAGCUUAUCAGUUUUACUAUGGAAGCAAUCGGUGUACAACCCCAAUCUAUACCUUGGUUAUCCGUGGUAAAGUCCGCCUUCGUCAAGCAUCCUGGAUUAUCCGAGGAGGGACCGAAGCGGAUUAUCAAUUGCAUAACAUUCAGAUCAUCUGCCACAAUGAGGCAGUAGCUGAUAAACUAAAUCAGUUGGUGAACCGCACAUGUCCUGGAUUUGUAGCAGGAGAUAAACCUUGGGAGCAGAAUGUGAGCUAUGAUUUAUGGAGAGAAGAGAAUGGCUAUGAGUGCACAAAGGCACUGAAUUUUGCUAUGCAUGAACUUCAGCUGAUUCGAGUAGAGAAACAAUACCUUCACCAUAAUUUAGAUCACUUAGUAGAAGAACUGUUUCUUGGAGACAUCCACACAGAUCCUGCUCAAAGGAUGUAUUAUCGCCCAUCCAGUUACCAACCUCCACUCCAAAAUGCCAAGAACCAUGACCAUUCGUGUAUAGCAUGUAGGAUCAUCUAUCGAUCAGAUGAACAUCAUCCUCCAAUUUUGCCUCCAAAGGCAGAUUUGACUAUUGGAUUACAUGGGGAAUGGGUGAGCCAUCGCUGUGAAGUACGUCCUGAAGUGCUCUUUCUUACUAGACAUUUCGUUUUCCAUGACAACAAUAAUACCUGGGAAGGUCACUACUAUCAUUACUCUGAUCCAAUAUGCAAGCAUCCCACCUUCACUAUUUAUGCAAAAGGCCGUUACAGCAGGGGUGUACAUUCAACCAAAGUGAUGGGAGGAACAGAAUUUGUCUUUAAAGUGAAUCAUAUGAAAGUUACUCCCAUGGAUAUAGCUACAGCCUCUCUCCUGAAUGUUUUCAAUGGAAAUGAAUGUGGAGCAGAAGGAUCCUGGCAAGUUGGGGUGCAGCAAGAUGUGACUCACACAAAUGGAUGUAUUGCUUUGGGAAUUCGUCUGCCUCACACAGAAUACGAAAUCUUCAAAAUGGAGCAGGAUGCCAGGGGGAGAUACUUGCUAUAUAACGGCCAGAGGCCUAGUGAUGGAUCCAGCCCAGACAGACCAGAAAAAAGAGCAACCUCCUACCAAAUGCCCUUAAUCCAGUGUACAUCAGCAGCCCCAAGAAUAGAAGGAACAUUAGAAGAAAACAUUCUAGGGUGGUAUAAUAAUGGAGCAUCAGCAAGCAAUUCCUGUGUAUUUAUGCUAGCCACAAUGGUGGUUAUUUAUAUUGUGCCUCACUUGGACCUUCUCAGCUAGAAGAACAUUUUGAAAUUUCUCAGAUCAGGGCAAUAUAGGAAUUGGGAUCCAUGAAAAUGGCAAAGGGCAUUUUUAAGACAAGAAUAAUAAUUUUCUUGAUGCACUUGAAUGCCUAAGAAUUUUCUUUAUUUUCUCAUGCUUUCCUGUAUUUGAAUCAUGAACAGCACUCAUUUUUUUGAGCUUCAUCCAGUCCGAUCUACGGUUUGACAUGACUGCACAAUAGUAAUUGCACUUUAAGACUGCAGUUUCUUUAUUUCAUGUUAAAAGCUGUUACAACUAACCAGAACAUAUUCUGCAACCUUUCUUCCAUCAGCUUUGCUGUUGCAGUCCAUUGAAUUAAAGAAUAUUUCUUUCACUGAAUUUAAUUAUCAGAUAUUAUACCUUUAUAGUGCCAAUACUAGAAAACUGCAUCUUUCUUAAGCUACAAUGUACAUAUGUAUAUACGAAAAAUUCAAACCAUGGAUGUAUCUAAAUAUACUUUUAUAGAUUUUACGUAUGAAAUGCUUAGAAUAAAAUAACUGAAUGAGAAAUAUAAAAUCUUCAAAAAUUGAAAAUAUAUAAAGAUUUUGUGAAAUUAAAUUCAAUGAUGCAUAAUAACACAUGACAUGUUUUAUAUUGUUGCUCAAUAUGAUAAUUUAAUGAUUUUCUGAUUUCCAAUAACUUGUAAUUAAAAUUAUAAUGUAAAAUGGGGGAGCAAAGGUUACAAGACUUCUCGGUUAACCGCCAAAAUAUUUUUAAAAUAUAUUUUCAUGAAAGAAAUGUUGUCAUAUUCAUUGCACUUACCUUGAAUCUCAUUUUAUUAAAGUGGGAAAUUAAUUAAAACAGGGCUAAUUCUAAUAAAUGUCAUUCUUUGCAAGGAAACUUUUAAAACUAAGAAUACUAAAAUAGUAAUGAAACAGAGCAUAUGGAUAAACUAAACACCAUUAUAUCAUAAAAUAUAAUAGAUAAUUCUCUUACAUCUUAUAAAAAAGAGUUCAGUAUAUUGAUUAUGAUUUAGCCAUUUUGUAACUUCCUUAAUUUUAGAAGUCUAAUUGGAAUUAAAAAUGCAAGAAAAAGUUAAGGUGAAGCUUAUCCUUUGAAAUUAAAAACUUUUAAUAUGUCAUGUUUAACAUAGUAGCUUAUAAUUUAUUCCCUUUUUAAUAAAAUGCAUUAUUAAAAGCAUUGCAAAGAUUUGAAUAUGAAAUUAAGAAAAUUCCUAUUUUUUUCCUGGUAUUACGUCAAAGCUCAAUAGCAAUUCUAUUAAGAUUGCUUUUUGUUAAUAUUAUUUUUGAGUCUUUACAGCUAGCAAUAUAUGUAGAAAAUCAAAAGUACAUAGUACAUCAUGAUCUUUAUUAUUUCUCAAACAUUUCUAAAGAUGAUUUUAAAAUUAUAUCACCUACCUACUUCACUUUGGAAAACAUGUAUAAUUCUGCAAUAAUGACACUUGUAUUUAAACCCCAUUAUUUUUGAGUUUUUAAACUGAUAAGAUAGCAAUUUAGUUUUUAAUUUAACAGUAAGAAACAGAAAACUUAAUGUGUUAGAACUUCCAGUCAGUACUAUAUACUGUAUUCACUUCCAUAUACUUCCCACAUACUAUUUGAGGAUUUAUGUGCAUGUUUAUUGACACAAUUUCCUCUCCAAAAUUUCAGUUUAUAUACUGAGAUGAUUGGCAAAUUUCCACUUUUAUAUUUAAUAGGGAAGAUCAUGAGGAUAUCAUGUUUUUCAACUGAAUCUUGCAUUAAAAUAAUGUAGUAUAUAAUGCAUUCUAUUGUUUAAUGCUAAUAAAGGGACUGAGCUCUGAAAUUUUCAUCAUCUGGUAUCUGGGUAUGCUACUGAAAUUUACAUUAAUGCUGGCUUAAAUAAUUUCCUUCCAAUUGUGUGGAAAAGAAACAAAAUACACUAAAAUCAAAGGCAGAUCAUGAAACUAUAAGCUUCCAUUAAAAUGAAACAAAAAACAAAAACACAUAUUAAUUUCCAGAAAGAAAAGAUAAUUCAUUUAUAUUAAAGGCAUUCAUUUAAAUAAUGAACACUGCAUGCAAUCAGCUGUGUUUUCUGAUAUUGAUGGGCAAAUGGGCUUACAUGUGUGCAGAACUACACCUACUGUAUUAAAACCAAUACAGUAAUCCUCUGCACUUAAAGAUGUUGGACUAUGGGAUCAGCAGACUGCAAUUGCAUGGAUUCAAGCAUGGUUCCACUUUUUGGGAUUAAAUUGUAAACUGGAUAUAUAUUUACAUAUGUGCCCAAGAAUUGUAAGAUACACUUUUUCCUAAUAUUUUACCCCUGUUCAUUUUCUAAUUUAAAGUGCUUGGGAAACUUGAGCAUGUUAAUACCCUAAAUACAUGAAACUAAUUACUAGAAGAAUAACUAAUUCUUCUACACAGAAAAUGUUUUUGUCAACUACAGCUGUCUCUUAUUUGCUAUCCAUAUGUGUUGAGAUUGAAACUCCCAACAUUCCUUAGGAACCAUGGUUACAAAGCCUCUUAAGGGUGUAAGUCUAUGAAAAUUUUUCUGUUAGAUUGCAAGAUGAAACAUUUUGCUGUUUUAUAAAAAAGUGACAUUCUAUAGUGAACAUUAAAUACAUUCUAGUACGAAUUAGCAAAUUCACAUAGAUAAAAUGGUGCACAUAAAGCAGGUCUGUCAAACUCCUGGCUUGCGAGUCAGAUGCAUCACAUACUGGCCACGCCCACACCCAGUUUAGUGAAGAGGGGGAACUCCCAAUACAUCACGUGACGUUGCCGUGACGAUGCGAGUGACACACUGACAAAGUAAUUCUGGUUGAAAUUAGUUUUAUCUUAUUCACAGUUGAAAUAAUUUAUAUCCAAUUAUCUUAACUUUUAAAAGAGCAGGGAAUGUGCACAAAUAACUUGGCAUGAUAUUGCAGCUAACAUUCAAAAUUUUCAUUUUGUUCUUAUAUUCUGAGAGGAUGUAUAAAAUCUUCACCUACCAUUUAAUAUUUCCAACUUAGAAUUUGUUUAUGUCUUGCAAAAGUUGCAAAUCCAAAUUUUAUAUUCAUUAAUUUACAGUUGUGCAUACUGGCUAUUCUGUAAUGGAUUUAAAAAAGGAAUAUGGUGUAAGAUUGUUUUUUAAUGAACACAGACGAUUUAUGUAAAACAACUAUUAGCACAAGCCUGUACUAGAAACCAAAGCUACACAGAAAAAUGUUCCAGUGCUUCCAAAAAGAACUAAAAUAUUGCCAUCUAGUGGUAUCAUCUUGUCUCCAAGAUGGAUAGAUUUCACAGUAAUUAUUAUAUUUAUCUAGCAAUAUUAGUCAUUUGUUAAGAAGACUCUGCAGUCUUCUUAGUACUGGAGAAGACUCCUGCGAGUCCCUUGGACUGCAAGGUGAUCAAACCAGUCAGUCCUAAAG